AUGAACGACAGUCAACAAAAGAAUUCAUGUCCAUUUAUUCGAGUUGUAACGCAUAAAAUUGGUAUACUCGUUCAUUUGGGCCAACUGGUUAGUUUAUCUGAGGAUCAGAAAUCAUUUAUCAUGCGCAAUGUGAUUAGUUUCGACCCGUUAAGAGUACAUGAACGAACAAUUUCAACAUUAGAACCAGCGGAAAUUCUUGCACUCACUGAAUCCAAACUUCAAAGUCAACAUGGUAAAAGGGGAAAUUUAUUGUCUGAUUAUUUACAAAAUCAAAUGAUGUUCAAUACUUCAGUGAAUUCAUCAUUCUUAAAAUGCCCAACAUCUACACCACAUUUGAUAAAUGGUCGUUCUGAAGCAUCAUCAAGAUGGUACGAUAAUGGCAUUGUGUCGAUAACAAUUCAACAGUCGUCAACAAACUCAACUAUGAACCACUCAAAUAGUUUGUUGAAACCAAGACAGAAAACACCAGUGAAAGAUCGCAGCUUGAAAUAA